UGCUGUCUUUUGGCAAGUGAUCGGUUCUCUUGUCUUGCGGUUUCUUUUCGUUGCUUACGAUGUCUGGACGUGGCAAGCAGGGAGGUAAGGCUCGCGCCAAGGCCAAGUCUCGCUCUUCUCGCGCCGGGCUGCAGUUCCCGGUGGGCCGCGUGCACCGCCUGCUCCGCAAGGGCAACUACGCCGAGCGGGUCGGGGCCGGCGCGCCGGUGUACCUGGCGGCCGUGCUGGAGUACCUGACGGCCGAGAUCCUGGAGCUGGCGGGCAACGCGGCCCGCGACAACAAGAAGACGCGCAUCAUCCCGCGCCACCUGCAGCUGGCCAUCCGCAACGACGAGGAGCUCAACAAGCUGCUGGGCCGCGUCACCAUCGCGCAGGGCGGCGUCCUGCCCAACAUCCAGGCCGUGCUGCUGCCCAAGAAGACCGAGAGCCACCACAAGGCCAAGGGCAAGUGAUCUGGCAGUCCUCUGAGUUUCCGGAAGCGCUUUCAUACCCAAAGGCUCUUUUCAGAGCCCCCCACCACUUCAAAGGAAGAGCUAAUACCACUUUUUAGGUUAAGGCGGGGAAGUCGAUAAAGGUGGAGCUUAACCCUUUCCCACAUUCCUCACUCUUGGGGACACCAGGCGGUGGUGAUACCCAGAACCGAAAGCACAGGACUUGACUUUGCACCAUAACAAAUUGUCUUUGCGUUAAAGAUUGAUCCCAACACGGUCAGACUACCACGUGCCCUAAAGUUCAGAACCUUGACGCUUGGUACUUGUUCCCGAUCUUUCCCCGAUGUCCCCGAUGUCCCAUCAAGUCUGCAGUUUCCCAGGCUUGUCUUAUGCGCAAUAAACUUCCAAUUUUACGUCUCCAGCCCCGACCUCCACUGUGAAGUGCAAGUGCGUGUAUGCACGUUUCUCCUCAACUCCUUCACGUGCAACUCUCUUUUCAGCCUGAAUCCACCUAAGACACAGGAGUUGACGUGGUAAGCCUGUUACUCCCUCUAUUCCUUCCCACUCAGGAAGUGACGCUACCCUAAAUCCAUUUGCUUGAGCCAAAACUUUAGGGGGUGAGCCUUCCUCGCUUCCCUUCCUCUCCACAAAUCCAAACUAUCCAUAAGUCAUGUCACCUAUACCCCCAACACGUGUCUUCCGGUAUUCUCUACACUCCUUGCCAUGACCUGAGGGGCCACCCAUGACCACCUCUGUCCUCUGGCCUCUGGCCUUCUCUCGGACUUAUCUUCAUCUUUCUGUUCCAGCCACACUGGUCUCUUUCCACCUGCCAAGCUCUUUCCUGCUUCAAGACAUUUUCACUGUUGCUCUUUUUCUCCGAAAUACCUGUUCCCUGACUUGUCUUCUGGAAAGCUCUCUCUCACCCUUCAGGACUCUGCUUUUCUUCAGACAGUCCUGUUCUGACACACCUACCCAGACAGAUCAAAGAUCUGGAUACAAAAUACAAAUGCUGGAUGACAUUUUAGGAAACAUCUUAACCUCAGGGGUGUGUGUGCCUGUGUGUGUGUGUGUGCGCGCGUGCGCGCGACCACUGAGGGUCAGGUGUUAUUGUUAAGCAAGGCAGGAAACAAAGCCGUAGAAGACAGGACAUAAACUACAUAGGCCAGGAGAUUUAAGACAAUAUAAUAGAAGAAAAUGACUAACCAGGAUAUUUUGUAUCUUUUAUUAAAUUCAAGUGGCCAGGGGGGCCUGGGUGGCUUAGUCGGUUAAGCGUCCAACGUCGGCUCAGGUCACCAUCUCACGGUUCUUGAGUUCGAGCCCCGCAUCCGGCUCUGUGCUGACGGCUCGGAGCCUGGAGCCUGCUUCCGAUUCUGUGUCUCCCUCUCUCUCUGCCCCUCCCCCGCUCGGUCUGUCUCUCUUUCUCUCUCUCAAAAACAAAAUAAAUAGACAUAAAAAAAAUUUUUUUUAAUAAAUUCAAGUGGCCAAUGCAUAUCAGGGGUAAAAAAGUUAACCUUUCUUGUAGUUAAGCUUUGUAUAUACCAGUAAUAACGGGAUGCCUUUUCCUAUCCAUGGAGAGACACCCACGGAAACAAAUAGUAAACAGGACUACUGAGGGCGGGGAAGGAUUGCCACGGCCUAUACUCUUUUGAAAAGUUCUCCUGGAAAUAUCUAUUUAAAUGUAGUAUUAGACCCUUGGCCUUGUGUACAACAAAUCAGUUCUAAAUAAGUAAAGACGGAAACCAAACAGGAAAAAAAAAAAAAAAGUUGGCCCUUGAAAAAAGAGGACAUCUACCUUCUAGAAACAAGCCCCCAUGAUGUAAGGUUAUAGGAAGAGAGGUUUUUCACCUUUACAAGCAUCUGAGUGUAAAGUGUUAAAAUGGGCAUGUAUUAAGUUGGUAACUUCAAGUAUCAAGAGUAAAGUUAAAAAGAAGCCUCCCUCUGCUCACUGCUCCGGCAGGUCACUCUCUGGCCGUGACCCUGUGUAGAUUCUUUGAACGACAGUCCCACAUUUUACCUAUUGGGUCUGACAGCUCUGGCGUCUCCCCCUUCCAGCCUCCGCUCCGUGAAAUCGGGACCCCUCUGCGUUCUCACUGUGCCUUCCCUGCAUCCAGCAGAGGGUCUGGGAAGUGGCGGCCACUCAACUCCGCCGAACGCGCAGGGAGGGGACGGCGUAGCCCAGAGAGCCCUCUCUGAGCCCCGCACGUGGUUGUCUGCACGUCUGCGGAGAGGGAUCUGUCCACUAACCGUCACCCACAGCGCGCCCCGUUAGCAGGUGUGCAGCGAGAUCGGGAAGUGCGCCCCGCUUGCCUGCCACGCUCCCCCUUUUCGGCUUUGUGCACUAACCUCCCCAGACUUAAUGUCUUCAUGAUAACCCUCAGGAAGCCCUUCAUUCUUUUAAGGGCCUCUUCUCUGCCGGCUGAGAAUGUGCUCUCCUCUUUAAUGUGCUACUGGGUCUGUGGUUACUAAGGGUUCGCUUGGAAUCCUGGAAAGAAAAGAGUCACACAGCUGGUGCGUGUGACAAAGUCAAUGCUUUUUCAUCCACUCACAGCGUCUGCUCUGCACAGAAGGGCAGCUCCUGGCUCCUACAUUCCAACGCGCGGAUUAUCCAGUUAACACGCUCCUCUCCAGGCUGUUUGUGGAAGAUUCUAUCCCACCCGUGUCUAUGCCCUGGCACUUUACAUUCUCCCCACAUGGUGGAGUUUCAGUAAAUACCCCGAAUGAACGUGCUGACCACAGACCUUAGAUGUGCCCAGAAAUGGAAUAGUCACCAAGCCGCAGGGCCUUGAGGGUUUAUCCCUGGGGUAUGUACCAUUUUAGCCUCCACCCAGGCUUAAAUCCCAGUUACUCACUUUGGAGGGAGGUCCAUGACGGUUCUACAGCUGCGUGUCCAACACAGUAGCCACUGGCCACAUGUGACGUUUUCAGUUUAAAUAUAGCAUAAUUAAAUUAAGUAAUUAAGUGAAAUUAAAUUGAAAACUCAGGCUUCAGUUGUACUAACUACAGUUCAAGUUACUGGUGGCUACGGUCUUGGAUAGAAAGAUACAGAGCACCUCAGUCAUCCCAGAAAGUUCUAUUGGUAGGCACUCCUUGUCCUUCUAAUUGUUCACGGGCACUUACUCGAUGCCCUCCAGGUGGCAUCUGAGUAUGUAUGGUCACCAAACAAAAUACAGGAUGCUCAGUUACAUGUGAAUGUCAGAUAAGCAGCAAAUGAUUGUUGAAGACUAAAUAUGCUUUAAACUGUUGCACAAAAUGUACUACGCGAAGACAAAAAUUGUUAUUUAUCUGAAAUUCAGAUUUCACCGGGCAUCUUGCAUUCUUAUGCGCCAAAUCUGGCAACGCUGCCUGAAGAGCAAAAUGAGAGCAUCUUCCGGGGCGCCUGCGUGGCUCAGUCGGUUGAGCGUCCGACUUCGGCUCAGGUCAUGGUCACACAGUCUGAGGGUUCGAGCCACGCCUCGGGCUCUGUGCUGACAGCUCAGAGCCUGGAGCCUGCUUCGGAUUCCGUGUCUCCCUCUCUCUCUGACCUUCCCCUGUUCUCUCUCUCUCUCUCUCUCAAAAUAAAUAAACAUUAAAAAACAAAUGAGAGCAUCUUCCUUGGGAGCCUGGGUCCUCUUGACCGUGGGGAGUUUCUAUACGAGCAACUGAGAAGGUCUGACACCAGAGAUGAGCCUGUGGGUCUUUCUGCCUGUGUUGAGAAAGGCCGAGGAAGAAGUUCCUAACGGCAUUUACUUUGGUUUCAGAUCUUUCCUUCGGUUUCCAAAGCUUCUCACUACACAGAUGUCUGGGUCCAGAAAGUGUCUGUGAAAGUCAUCGGUUCUCAGAAAUAAAUGGAUAGAUGGGGGGCCAUCUUCAGUCAUGACUGACUGAUUCUGCACCUGCAACUUUUUUCCUCCCGAAAACUUAUUCCGGGUUUAUUUCUUUGUGUGUGCAUGUACACCUUGGGGAGGAGAGUAAAGGCAGGAAAAUAUUAUCGAAGAGAAGCUCUCUCUCGUAGGAAAUAUGUCUAAUGGUUUGAAUAAGUCAUAGAUUCAGAGGGUUCAAACAAAUCAAACUAACAAGGUAUGUAUUGAGAAUCCACCCCUCCACUGGAUUACUCUACGAGGUAACCAUUAAUUCCCUUGUAUACCUACGCACUGUUAACUCACGCAGAUGUGAGUCAAGCCACCCCCUCCCGCCUUCACUGCUGAAAGAGAGCCAACUGUAUACACUGUUCUGCCCUUACUCUUUUCCUACAACAGUGUAUUUUGGAGAACUUUCCAGAUGUGAAAACAGGGAGCUUUCUGUACACCAUCCUGUGGGAUGGCACUGUGUCGCUACAUCUUAGUGUAUGUAAUCUGUCCGCUAUCGGGGGGGAGUAUAAAACGAGAUGAUAAACCCGGAUUCACAGCACGUCCUAUUGACAGUCCUCCCGUUCUGCUGGGGUUGUGGAAAGUGAACAGAAACGCGUCACUCUUGGGUGAGAGACUCAAGGUUCUUUGCCUUAGAAACUCUAUGGCCCUAGCCGAGGUAGCAAUUUUGAACCUCACUUUCUUCAUCUGUACAAUGGAGGCAAUGCCUCCCUUACGGUGACUGUAAGAAUGAAAGAGGACCGUGUGAAUUGUUUGAAGCUCAAAAGAACAACACGGAUAAGAUCGUGUAACUUUCAACACCAUUUCGCUUGCGAGAGUUAGAGAUGAUACGUUGUAAUAGGAACAGUCUCCAAAGUCCAGCCUGCUGCCGGGGCAUGAGGUGGUGCAAGGAGGCAGGAAGGCCGGCUCUCAAUUACCUGCUUGAGACAUCUCCCGGGUGACAUGGCCCUGUCCUGCCCACAGGAGUCAGAAAAUACCCUCUCCCAAUUUCCUCCGACCCUUCUCCCUAUUGCUUUUUUUCCUUCAACCAAGGUCAGCUUUUGUCUAUUUGUUUGUUUUUUUGUUUUUAAGGUCACGUUUUAAGAAUGUCUCUGCUAGGCUCUAAGUCUGUGUGUGUUGGGGGCUGGGGGGCCCUCUGGGCCAUUGCUGUGCUGGCCACUGUGAGCCUGGGGACUGACGUUGCCUGGCAUACACUGGUCAGUCCAGAAACAGCUGGCGAAUCCAUCAGGCAGGCAGGUGUGGGAAGGGGGCAUCGAUGUACCAAGUCUAUACAAAGUGGCUUGUGCACGGGCACACACACACAAAUACAUGUAGUUGCACAGCAGACACGCAGUGAGACCUUCCGGGAAAGCAUGGGAACCUGGAGUUAACUGCUUGGGUUUGUGUCUUAGCUCUGCUCCACCCCUUACCACGUGUCUGACUGGGGGUAAGUCACCUGCCGUCCCUGAAGAUCAGACUUGCCAUCUGCACAAUGGGACAGCGCCUCCCAGAGUUUUGAGAACCAAUCCAAUGGGAUGGUACCCGAGGAAGCACAGUGUUGCUCGUGAAGCUUAAUAUAAACAUGCGCGAAACGAUGCGGAUAGAGAUCCAUCACAGUCUAUCUAUCUAUCAUCUAUCGAUCCAUCUGUCUAUUUCCAAAUAUGGAAAAGCAAAAGCAGGAGAGGAUAUUGGGAUCCCCCUCAGGGAUCUGCUGGCUUCGCCUGUAGAGACAGAAGUAACUGGGCUUAUGCUAAGCUGGAAUACAACCUGCUGCUGGUGGCAACUAGGCCCAUGGCAGGAGAAGCUUCUAGAAGAGAGGGCCCAGCAGACAUUCACCGCUGAAAUGGCAGCGGAUGCCGCCACUCACCUCCCCCCAAGUCUCUUCCAGGUACGGGAGCAGCAGCCCCAGUGGAACGGGUGGGCCUUUCGAACCCAGCUGAGCUGUCUUUCCAAGAGCAGAGGAUGUCAAGGCACGGAUGCCCCAUACGCUGCCCCCUCCACUUUGGGCUCGGUUCGCUCCCUGGAUGUGGAGAAUUCACCCCGACCGGGGAUCUGAGCAGCCUUGACACAGGAAAGAAAAAUGCAGACGGGUAUUAAAAAGAAGGGUCCUGGGUAGAUGGGCCCUGGGGGAGGACAGACUAAGUGAGCUUAGAGCACAGAAGGAAGCUUCUGUUUCCUUUGGCUCAGUCCCUGCAGGUGGUGAGUGAAGAGACCAGGGCCCUGAAUCAGUUGGCCUUGUGCACGGUUGCUAAAGAGAUCAGUGGUUUGUACACGUCCACACCCUGAGGUAUAUUUCUGCCCUUGACGUCUUGACUGUCUCACGCCUCCAGUGGACAACUUAUGUGCCAUUUUGGAUCUUUCCUUCCUCUCUUGCUACGCUGUGUUCAGUGUAGGGCUGGUAGCCUUAAAACCGCUGCUACUUACCGUACCAGUAGUUACUAAUGGGGAUUAGUAAAUGCUACACAUCAGGGUGUUUGGUUUUCUCCUGGAGAGCCAGUUGUUAAACAGUGAGCAGCACACCGCCACCUUGAACAACCGUUGCUCCUCCCCAGUGAGGACACACACGUUUGCUCACACUAUUUUCCUACCCGGAAAGGUCCCGUCUCACUUCCCAUGCUUCUGGGCUAAUUUAAAUCCCACACUCCUAACCCUAACCCUAACCCUAACCCUAACCCUAACCCCCCCCCCCCCCCCCCCCCCCCCCCCACCGAGUGGUUCAGUUGGCUAAGCGUCUGACUUCGGCUCAGGUCAUGAUCUCGCGGUUCAGGAGUUUGAGCUCCCUGUUGGGCUCUGUGAUGGCAGCUCGGAGCUGCUUCGGCUUCUGUCUCCCUCCCUCUCUCUGCCCCUCCCCUGCUCACACUCUCUCUUUCUCUCUCAAAAAUAAACAUUAAAAAAUUGGUUUUCAAAGAUAAAUAAAUCCCUAUAAUCUGUACCUCCCAUGUGUAUUUUCGUAUUGUUUCCCAUCUGUACCUCCCAUGUAUAUUUCGUAUUGUUUUCAUGCCUACUUUCCAAAUUGUAGGAGGAAACCUAGCACACUCUUCAGACAGACAGAUGCUCACCUUCCCUAACCCUAGCUUCCUUCAUGGCUUUUGCUCCCUGAUCAUUCUCCUACUUCCAGAGGGGGAGAGUGGCCAUGGCCUGGCAGGUGGUGACGCUGGGAGUGAGGGCUGUGAGCACAGCGGGCUCCGAAUGCCCCGAGCAAGGCACCACUAGGGCACAGCAGGGCUGUUUAAGCAGUGACCCCAGGGACUUCCUCGGGGUUGCCUGGUGAUAAACUGAGAACAAUGGCUGCUUCUUUCCCCGUGGGAAGAUCAGCCAAUGUUCCCAAGUGCUGGGAGGCUGGCGUUCGCAGCUGACGCCCACACAGAAAAUGUUUCUUCUCCCUAUUCAAGUCUGCUUUCGUGUUUUUUCUACUGAGGGAACAGCACAGGCAGUGGGUGCCCUUGGGGAGCACCGGCCCUCGGCACCAGGGAUGCGCCCCUCCUUCCCCAGAGAUGAGCCCUGAGCGUUGCAUGAGAACAGCCAGUGCCCUGGCAGACUUCUGCCCACCCCCCUAGUUCCAGGGGCCACAGCCAAGACCACCAGAGGCCCCAAAUAGGAAGGCCUGGUCGGAGUCGCAUGACCUCUAGAGGUUGAAGUCAGUGGAAAGGAGUGGAAAGGAGCUUCCAUUAAGGGCCUAGAUCUAACUUUUUGAUCAUGAUGGAAAUCGCCUUGUGUCUGUCUUCUCCAAUGUCCUUCAUGAAAGCUAAAAACCAAUUACUGUUUCUAUAAUUUCCCAUUUAUCUCCUGUAGGUCCCCUUUCUACCGUCCCUCCUCUGCCCGCAAUCUCUUUCCUCUCCACGUACCAUCAACUAUCUUUCAAGGAACACUUUUUGAAAGCAUCCUUGUGGGGGAAGCUGGAAGGCUCAGUCAGUUAAGCUUCUGACUCUCUGUUUCGGCUCAGGUCAUGAUUUCAUGGUUUUGCGAGUUCAAGCCCCACGUCAGGCUCUGAGCCUGCCUGGGACCUCUUUCUCUCUCUCUCUCCUUCUUUCUCUCUCUCUUUCUCUCUCUCUCUCUUUGUCUCUCUCUCUCUCUCUCUGCCCUUCCCCUGCUCACACAGCUCUGUCUCUCUCAAAAUAAGUAAAUACACUUAAAAGAUUUUUUAAUUAAACUAAAAAAAAUUCACAAAAACCCAUGAAAGUAAUUUCUUGUUUUCACACUAGGUGGUCGGUGUUGACAUACGUGGAGACCCGCCACCACCAUGCUCCAUGGAUGCUCCAGGGGGACCCAGGCUCAGCUCGGCUUCGGGCGCCCGCGUCCCUGUGGCGGAACAGCAGGUGCACAGCGGUACUCUGGCUCCAUCAUCAGGAACCUCGCUGCCGGGAUCUCACCUGUAGCUCAGAAGCUGGGCCUCAGAAUCGGACAAAUUGCCCUUCUACCCAAAUUCACCGCUCUCCAAAUUAGCGUUAGAUUGUGACGGAUGUAGCUCCUGCCUCAUUGCAGGAAGUAGAUUAUAAUAUUCACUGCGUGCCGAGCACUACCUUCUUUUAUCUUCAUAAGGAGUUUAUGAGGUAGGUGCUCUUAUGAUCCCAGAGACCUAGGGACACAGAGACAUAGGGAACUUGCCCGUGUCGUCAUUUUUCGUUACGCACUGACACCCGGGGUCUACUGGCCCAAGGAGUUGUGAACCGCCUGUCGCUUUGGAGGUUCGUUUGAGUUGACUUGGUUGCCACUCCCAUCUUGUAAUGGCCUCUUGUAGCUUAGUCUUUAACCAAGGAACACCAGAAAUGAGGCCCUACUCAUUUGUUACUUUUUGGUGAUUCUUGUCAUUCUGAGAGAGAGAACUUCUGAGAGAGACGUUCAACUUUAAGGAAGCAAGAAGAUACCUGAUAUUGAACAAUUUGUUCUUUUUCUUUGUGCCCAACCCAAAGGAGACGGACAGCAGCCGUGAAGGCUGGACACUGUGAUUUCUGGGACCCUGUGGGAUAAUGGAAGUAAAGACACAGGUUUGGCCAUACGUCAGCCCCUCCUUUGCAACACUAUGUGACCGAGAGCAAACCAUUUCCCCUUUUUAUCCUCAGUUUUUCCUUGUCUGGAAAAUGGAACCAGUCUUAUCACCUGCCUUGGGGGAUGGAUGUCAAGGUUAAGUGGAGAUAAUGUACUGGGCGUAUAGUAGACACUGAAAAUAAUGCCCCCUCCUCCUUUCUUUUCCCCUUAUCUAUGAGCUUGGUUCAUCUCUUGGUGUAUCCAUUCUCUAUGACCACGUCACCAAUUAUCCCCAAACUUGGCCACUUCAGGACCGGAACUUGGCCAUGCCGGGCCCUCUGGCUGUCUCACAGGCUGCUUUGAAGAUGUGGUGGGUCUACAGCAAUGGCUGUAGUGGGGCCCAGUGUGUAGCAAAGGCCCAGUGUGGGAUCAAUCCACUCACAAACCCGUGUACAUGGCUGUUGGCAGGAUUCAGACCCUCGAGGACUGUUAGACUCAGGGGCUCAAGUCCUCGUUGGUUGUUUCUUGUCUUGUGGGCCUUCCAACCGGACAGCUUACAGCUUGACUUUCUUCUGAGGGAGUGAGCAUGAGAGAGGGCACAAGUGAGGGCCCCAGACAGGGGCCACAACUUUUGGGAACUUAAUGUGAAAAGGGACCCGCCAUCGCUUCUGACCCAUUCUACUUGUUCCUAGCAAGUCCCCAAGGGCAGCGCACAGUCACAGAAAACGGAUAACCCGAGGGUGUGAACCCUCAGAGGCACAGGGUCACGUUAGAGGAUGCCCACCACACGGACUAUAUCACGACCCGUUUAAAACAAGGUGAAACUGUCUUCUUGAUCCAGUAUCUUUAGAAAUGGAAGAGUAUCUCUGAGUUCUCACACACACAGGCCUGGUUGGGUGCAGGUUGGGUCAUGUGCUCAGGCAUCAAAAAUUGCCCAAGUAUUUACAUUUCUGAAUGUCCCUGGAAACUACAUUUCCCAGGCUCCCUUGCUCUCUGGUUUCCAGUAGUUUUGACCAUUGGAGACGCUGGUAGGCCAUGUUGGUGAGACUGGGCACUUCUCCCUUCCCUCUUCACUUCCUAGGGUCUCCCCAGUUGGUACUCUAUGGCUCUGUCUCAUCAGAGGGCCUUCACUUUGUGGUCUGAGCUCCUGCCUUACCAGCCUGUGCUGUUCCAGCUACACUGGGGGGUUCCAGCCCCAGCUCCUAGUUAAUAGGAGUUAACACCUCUUCCUCCCUUUGUCCCAGGAGCCCUGGGAGACACACAACUUCCUGCUGCCACAUAUCGUUUGGUUACUCCCCACCCCUCUUUUGGUUUCUCAACUCUUUCAUCACCCGUUUAUAUAAUUAUCUCAAUUAAAUUCCAUCUGUAUGAAA